AAAAAAAAUAAUAAUAUAGUGUUACACAUGUCAUUUGAUUUCAAUUAACUCCAUUUUAAUUAACAAUCAUUAUUAAUAAAUCUUGCGAUUAUCAUAAAAUCGUGCAUCGCACGUGAUCAAAACUAGUUUGAUAUAUUUCCAACCCAAAUGCCAAGGAGGUAAAGGGAAAAAAAUAACAAAGAUAAAAAAAAAAAUUGAAAAAAAAAGGUGGAAAAUGAAGGAAAGAAAAAAAAAAACUCUAAAACCCUAAAACAUUUGUCUCCUCUCACACUCUUCCCCAAUUUCCCCCCAUCACUCACUUCCUUCCCUUCCAGGAUAAUAAUUCCUAUAAAAGCCCGUUAUUUUUGUUUUUUCUCACUCCACUUUCUUCACUCUCAAAUUUUGCAUCAAAUCAAAGAAAAAAAAAAUGGCAACUCUUGGAUUUACAAAUGCCAAUAAACUAAUAUACUCCCAUCCCAUUUCAACCCAAUUUUCUCAUACCAAAAAAAGUUUCAAUUUUAAAUCCAAAACUUUUUUCUUUCCCAAAAAUUUAAGAACAAGAAGAAAUAAUGGGCGAAAUUAUGCAGGUUUUUCUACUUCUUGUUCAUUUACUCCAAUGGAAACUGCUAAGAUUAAGGUUGUGGGUGUUGGUGGGGGUGGCAAUAAUGCUGUUAAUCGCAUGAUUGGUAGUGGUUUGCAGGGUGUUGAUUUCUAUGCCAUAAACACAGAUGCUCAGGCGUUAUUGCAAUCCGCUGCUGAGCACCCAAUUCAAAUUGGAGAGCUUUUGACCCGUGGAUUAGGUACUGGUGGGAAUCCAUCACUUGGGGAACAGGCUGCUCAAGAAUCAAAAGAAGCUAUUGCAACUGCACUUGCAGGAUCAGACCUAGUGUUUGUAACAGCAGGAAUGGGUGGGGGUACUGGAUCAGGUGCUGCCCCAGUCAUCGCCCAAAUAGCCAAGGAUGCAGGUUAUCUCACUGUGGGUGUGGUCACUUAUCCUUUCAGCUUUGAGGGUCGCAAAAGGUCACUGCAGGCACUGGAAGCUAUUGAAAAGCUGCAAAAUAAUGUUGAUACCCUCAUUGUGAUACCAAAUGACCGUCUCUUGGACAUUGCCGAUGAACAAACUCCUCUUCAGGAUGCUUUUCAGCUGGCUGAUGAUGUUCUUCGCCAGGGUGUUCAAGGAAUUUCAGACAUAAUUACGAUUCCAGGACUUGUAAACGUGGACUUUGCUGACGUCAAGGCAGUCAUGAAGGAUUCUGGAACGGCAAUGCUUGGGGUGGGUGUUUCCUCUAGUAAAAACCGUGCUGAAGAAGCAGCUGAGCAAGCAACUUUGGCACCUCUUAUUGGGUCAUCCAUACAAUCUGCUACUGGUGUUGUAUACAAUAUAACCGGAGGAAAGGAUAUAACAUUACAGGAAGUUAACAGAGUAUCACAGGUAGUUACAAGUUUAGCAGAUCCAUCAGCUAACAUAAUAUUUGGGGCUGUUGUGGAUGAUCGCUACAAUGGAGAGAUUCAUGUGACCAUCAUUGCCACAGGCUUCUCCCAGUCAUUUCAAAAGACACUAUUAACAGAUCCCAAAGCUUCAAGGCUUUUUGAUAAAGUAACCCAGGAAAGCAAAGGAUCUACUGGUAUUCCCAACUCAUCCCCACUCUCUCCAAACUCCGUACCACCACGACAACCUCCAAGAAAAUUGUUCUUCUAGAGUCUGAAACAUAACUCCUUUAGCCAUGCCAUUGUUUGAUCUCUUGUCAUGGGUUUGUAAUGAUCUUGGAAAAAAAAAAUGAAUGUUAUAUCUUGCUUAUCCCUACCUCGUAUCUUCCUUCACGUCUUUUUUUUUUUGUUUAACUAGGAUUGCUUGAUUCUCUGAUGUGUCCUACAUACGUACAUGCUUCAGUAUGAAACAUGCUAAUGUAAAUCUUUUCAAUUCUAUGGCUGAAAGCCUGAAUGUAUGGAUGGUAAACUCUAGUAGAUCUCAAAUUUGACCUGAUUCAAUUUUUUUUUGUUACGAUCUUUA